AUGGACGUGGCGACCCUCUCCCAGCUAUGUUCAAGCUACUGUUCUGCCGACCCUAGACAACAAAUGGACGCCUAUAAGGCACUCCUACCUUACCUCGAUAGACCCGAGACUUGCGUGCCACUGAUGCAAUGCCUUAAAGCCGAACAAAAUCCACUAGUCAUUUCAUUCAUUGCAACAGCACUCAGGCAAAUUAUUGUCAAUCAAUGGCCCCAAAUCGACACCAAGUUACGAGAAGAGCUGAGGACAGCCUUGCUAGGUUAUCUACAACGCAGUGGACUGAGAUUCGCGGUUACCAAUCCCGAACAGAUUGCGGCAGUGAUUAUUGUAUACGUUAAGCUAACUUAUCUCCAAUGGACGAAUAAUCCGGAACAGCAGAAGGUGGCGGAUGAGUUAUCACCGCUUUUGCAAUCCAAUACAGAGUCUUGGAUCUUGGCUAUGAAUAUUUACUCGGAAGUAAUUCAGCAGUGGGAAGGAACAUCGUCGCGAAUAAUAGGCAAGCAGCUGCGAACAAAUGUUUUACCACCUGUGCUUAAAUCAGCUCUGGAUAUGCUUCUUAAAUUCAUGGAUGGAACACUAGCAAUUCAGGAUACGAAGGAGUCUCUUGAGUUGGUCAAGUCCACACUUACCUUCAUACGAAACGCACUCUCCUUCAGUUCUACCGGCUCCGGACUGAGCAUAUCUAACGAGACAUUUGUUUUGAACAGUUCAGAGAGCGUAACGGGCGCCAAGGAACUCCAGUGCGGCAAGAUAUUCAUUGCAAUGUACCAAAUAUUUUGUAAAUUAUCGAGCGCACACGCGCGCGAUUGCAAAAUAUUAUGCCUUCAAUGCCUAUGCGCCUCGAUGAAUUCUCUUCCUAGAAAGCAGACGCAGCUGUGCAUUUAUGCUCAGGAGCUAAUAGAAUUUGUUUUGAACGUCAUUUCGAACAAUCUUGGGUUCGAUCAGACUGUGGGAAGACUGGACCAGACAUUUACCGAAUUCACGAUAUUCCUCUCGCAGAUGGCUUCUGCAAUUACGUUGAACACAAUCAAGACGGCUAUGUCGGUUAAGGAUAUGCCUGAGUUGUAUUGGUCCCAUUUACAAGAUGCUGAGUGCGUGGAGUUUAUUUCUACUCUCUGUACAUUCACGCUGAAUACGAUAAAGCAGAAGGGAGCUAUGAACGCUACUCAUCAUUUAUUGAAGUUUUGGGCCAAAUUAUUUACGAAUUCUUGCAGUGGUAAAACGGCCUGUGAGUUUCAGCCAGUUCAUCAUUGUGUGUUCAACGUGUAUAGUGCCUUUGUGGAGUACUGUAUGCAGUUGGGUGAGAUCACCUCUUGCCUGGCAAUCUGGAACAAGCUGGAGGAGAGUGGGUGGUUCCAGUCUGGGGGUCCUCGUUGUUUAUUGUUUGACUUGAACAAAAUUCAAGACCUUUCAGAAAAUGUAGAGGGCGACCCGUUAACUGACGAGACUUUGCGAGAGGAGCUUUUGGACCUGCUAACCCAACUCGGCACUGCCAUGGUCCCGGAUGCAGUUGCAAUCAUCUCCAGCGCCUGGGACCAAUGUCUGGCACUGAGCGCUGGCAACACUUCCGUCCCCUUCCCUGAGGAUCUCUUGGUCAAGCGGUUUGCCUGGCUUAUUUACAUUGCCGGCGCAAUCCUUCAAUCUUAUUUCCAGAGUCCCGUUAGUAUCUCGGCCAUGGAGUUCAAGACGUCGGACGCCGACUCGGUGGGGAGAGAGUCGGUCGUCGGGCCGCUGACUCAACGCGUGUUCGGAUACAUGGCGGAGCCGCGGACCAACAUAAGUGCGGAGCUCGCAGAACCCCUUAGUUUGGCUGAGUUGCAGUUUCUCCAGAUCUAUGUCAAGACGUCAACAAACGUGUGCGACGAAACUGUUUUAAACGUAGUGUGUGACAACCUGGUUCACAACCUGGUCUUUAAAGACGGUACCGUCUUGAAGCGAACUGUGGACGUGCUCGCUACCUACACCGAGGGCUUCAGCAUUCAGCUGCAUAGUCCCUCGCUCUACAUUGGUAAGGCGUUGGUCAAGACCAACGCUAUCAAGCAGUUGAUUGAACCUAACUCCUUCCGCUCCAUAGCGGGCCGCAUGCCCACUGCGAAGUUACGCCGGAAACUCUACUGUACCGUGACCCAACUCUUCCUGUACGGCCUGGCCGACGUGGACGACCCCUACGGCAAGCGCAUUUCGGAUGCGAACAAUAUUUUCGACCUGCCCAGCCAGACAGCUUUUAAGACCUUUCUGGCACCGUUUGAAGAGGCGGAGACCCAGGAAGGGGGACCGGCGGCGGCGUUGGAGUUAUGUUGUGACUUCCGGGGCAUUUGCGAGGGUUGCCGCACAGGCGAUGCAUACGUUGCUUUUAUGUCGUGGUUGGUUAAUCGGCCGAGCACACCUGCGCGAUGUCGGAUGAACAUGUUUUACACGGUGUUGGAGAAGCACGCGAACAACUUGGAAGUGAGUUUGACAUGUCUGAAGUUCAUGACGGAAUGCAUCGUGAAUCGGAGAGACCGUUUGUACGCUCAGAACAGUCAAGUGCGGGACCUUGGCAUGGUCGUGAUCCCGGGCCAUGUGCGGGCCUUGUGGCAGUACAUUCAGUCGUGGAAGGACGAUGCGAUAGCAGGUGUGGGUGCCCCACAUGGCGUGGGACAGGAUGUCGUUUACAAGACUCGGUAUCGAGUGCUCAAGACCAUUGUAGAGUUGGUAAAUGGGUUAUUGCAGUGGUUGGACCUGAAGGCGUUUAUGACUACAGAGAUCGCGGUCGUGAUCAAGUGGUGUGUGCGUAUGGUUCUGUCGAUUCCACCACAUGAGUUCCGUGCAUACAUCCGGAAGUUUACGCCCAUGAUCACUUUCGUAGAGAAGGUGGUGUCCUCGUCGAUGAACGUGUACGACAUUACUCCCGACGUCUUUAGCCAGUUGGUCGUACGUCUGCAGGAAGGAAUCCUCAGCUCGGAUAACGCCGCCCAGGUAGCAGCCAACGACGCUCUCAACUCUUUGGCCCGCUACGCCGUUUCUCGGGCAGCUAUUUCCCAAGGCAUCCCCGUCGCCGUAAAUCUGAAAUCCGACUUGCCCCAGAACGAAGAACAAGCCGAAGAAUGGGUCGCCGCCGGACGCGUUUUCAGCGAGUGGUACCAAGGACCCAAUGUCACCGACGUCCUACGUACAUUGUUCACGCUCCUCCAAGCCAACAUAUAUUCUGAUAGAGAUUCGCUUUCCUGUCUCCAUCCGUUGCUCACGCUCCUGCGACAAAAAUCCCAAGAAGUCCGGGACAACUUGGUCGCUCAGGAAAUCGACUUGCAAAGACGCCAACGUCUCGGCGAAGUCCUCGAGGCUCUCUUCCUGUGCAAGCCAGACCUCUCCGAGUCGUCCUACGAAGAACGGUGCGCAGUGCUCGACAGACUAUCCGCCAUAUAG